UUUUUUUUUUGGCGUAGAGUAGUCGGUGUUCACUUAGACCGGUGUCUCGUACUCUCGUCUCCUUCCCUGUCUCUCACCCACACUCACAUAGCCACCAUAGCUCUUCUCCUCUUCUCCUCUUCUCCUCUUCUCCUCUUCCCACUUCUUUUAACAGUUCUGAUUUCUGAACUAGAUGAACCAUCAACCACCCAUCGCUGUUAGGGUUUCUCUCUCUCCCUCUCACCUCUAACUGCAUCUCUGCCUCAUCUCACUGAUGAUUUGAUCGAGAGAGAGAGAGAGAGAGAGAGAGAGAGAGAAAGAGAGAGUGAUGGGUCUAGAGAACCACGCAACUCAGAAAAGAAGCGGAGCUGCUGGCGGUUCCCUUCCCACCACCACCACCAACCCUAGGCGUACAUCGUCUGGCUUACCUCGUGGUCGACAGAUCCAGAAGACCUUCAACAACCUCAAGAUCACUAUCCUCUGUGGCUUCGUCACCAUUCUCGUCCUCCGUGGCACAAUCGGAGUCGGAAAUCUCGGCGGCGGUGCCGACGCCGAGGCCGAGAACCAGAAACUCAUCGCCGAAACCAACCGUAUCCUUGCAGAGAUCCGUUCCGACAGCGAUCCUACCGACCCAUCUGAACCAGAGCCUGAGUUCAACCCCAAUGUCACCUACUCUUUAGGCCCUAAGAUCUCAGAUUGGGACCAGCAGCGUAAGAUCUGGCUCCAAAGCAAUCCCCAGUUCCCCAAUUAUGUGAAUGACAAAGCUCGAAUCUUGCUCGUAACUGGGUCUCCUCCAAACCCCUGUGACAACGCAAUUGGGGACCAUUACCUCCUCAAGUCCACCAAGAACAAGAUCGAUUACUGCCGAAUCCAUGGCAUUGAGAUCAUUUACAAUAUGGCUCAUCUCGAUAAGGAGCUCGCCGGUUACUGGGCGAAGCUGCCAUUGCUUCGACGCCUCAUGCUGUCUCACCCGGAGGUGGAGUGGAUCUGGUGGAUGGAUAGCGAUGCCCUGUUCACGGAUAUGGUGUUUGAGAUUCCUCUGUCCAAGUACCAUAACUAUAAUUUGGUCAUCCAUGGUUACCCUGAUUUACUGUUCGAGCAGAAAUCAUGGGUCGCCUUGAAUACCGGCAGCUUUCUCUUUCGGAAUUGCCAGUGGUCUUUGGAUUUGCUGGACGCUUGGGCUCCCAUGGGUCCCAAAGGUCCAGUUAGAGACGAAGCAGGGAAGAUCUUGACUGCUAAUUUGAAAGGUCGGCCGGCGUUUGAGGCAGACGAUCAGUCCGCUUUGAUCUACCUCUUGAUCUCACAGAAGCAGUGGCUGGAAAAGGUCUUCAUCGAGAAUUCUUACUACUUACAUGGCUACUGGGCUGGUCUAGUGGACAGAUAUGAGGAGAUGAUGGAGAAGUACCACGCUGGAUUGGGUGACGAAAGAUGGCCAUUUGUGACCCAUUUCGUGGGUUGCAAGCCCUGCGGGAGCUAUGGGGAUUAUCCAGUGGAGAGAUGCUUGAAAAGCAUGGAGAGAGCCUUUAAUUUUGCAGAUAACCAGGUUCUCAAGUUAUAUGGGUUUAGGCACAGGGGUUUGUUGAGCCCCAAGAUCAAGAGGAUCAGGAACGAGACAGACACUCCUUUGGAGUUUGUAGAUCAAUUUGAUAUUCGACGUCCAGUUCAUAGAGACACCGAUCCAAAGGGCUUAUGAGCAACGUUCUUCCCUGUUCCAUAGAUCGUAAGUUACAUGUAUCUUCAGUUAAUGCAGGUCUCAGGUCUCAGGUCUCAGGUCUCAGAUCUCAGAUCUCAAACUUGACAACAUUUGAAAGUUAGUGGAUUUUGUUUUUUUUUUUUUUUCAUUUGUUUCUACGCAUAGUUGCAUACUGCUUUGCGAAGCGCAACGGUAUUUUCUUUUAUUCUUGUUCAACUAUUCAUGAUUUUCUCCUGGACACACUGAGAAGAAAUACUGUCUAAUUCAUUUACAUCAAUACUUGUUUUGGAUUUCUUAA